UGCGACUCAAGACACAAAUGCCAUCAGUACUAAAUGGAUCACGAGUCGCUCGAUUCCACGAAUCAAAUCUACCUGGAUCUGCUUGGGAUGUCUUGGAGCCCAUUCUUACAAAUACGGCAGGAGCUGUCGCCCUCCGCAUUCAACGGGAACUGGUUGACUUGGGAAGACUAAUUCCAGAAACCGAUGCUGGAAACGCCUUGCGUGCCUCAUUGAAGGACCUGGCAGAUAUGCAUAAAAAGAAUAUCGAGUUCUUGAAGGGGAACCUGGGGAUGGACGAGCAAAGACAAAGAUUGAAGGAGACUGAGAAACAAGUUCAUCAGCUCUCGAAACAAAUUCAUGAACUCAGGGUGCCAUUCGGGAUGCGGGUGAAGAGUUGGUUCGGUCUUCGUUAGCACGAAUCCUUGCGUUUUUUCGUGAUGUCAUGUUAUCGAUAAUCAGUACUACAGUCUACUAGUAGUACUGGUAUAUUUAUUACACACAAUGACUUGCUGUUUACAUAUAUAGGAUCAUUACCUUACUCAAAAAUAUGAAUUAAUGCCGCC